CGGCGCGAAAGCAUAAUAAUUUGAAAAGCGAUACAAAGCAGACGAAGUGUUCGGAGCAAUCCGGAGGAGUUUACAAACAAACUAACAGCGAGUUAACGCAACUAUCAGAGUUAUUACAAGUUCUACGAGUGAAUACAGUAUUGAGAGAAGACAAAAUGCCAGCUGUAGGAAUUGAUUUGGGAACGACGUACUCGUGCGUCGGCGUGUGGCAGCACGGGAAUGUGGAGAUCAUCGCCAACGACCAGGGCAACCGCACCACGCCGUCGUAUGUGGCGUUCACAGACACGGAGCGGCUCAUCGGCGACGCGGCCAAGAACCAGGUGGCCCUGAACCCCAACAACACGGUGUUCGACGCCAAGCGACUCAUCGGCAGGAAGUUCGACGACCACAAGAUCCAGCAGGACAUGAAGCAUUGGCCUUUCAAAGUGAUCAACGACUGCGGCAAGCCAAAGAUCCAAGUGGAGUUCAAGGGAGAGACGAAGCGGUUCGCACCCGAGGAGAUCAGCAGCAUGGUGCUGACGAAGAUGAAGGAGACGGCGGAAGCGUACCUCGGGGCGAGCGUGCGGGACGCGGUGAUCACAGUGCCGGCGUACUUCAACGACUCGCAGCGGCAGGCCACCAAGGACGCGGGCGCCAUCGCCGGGCUGAACGUGCUGCGCAUCAUCAACGAGCCCACAGCCGCCGCGCUCGCCUACGGGCUCGACAAGAACCUCAAGGGCGAGCGCAACGUGCUCAUCUUCGACCUCGGCGGCGGCACCUUCGACGUGUCCAUCCUCACCAUCGACGAGGGCUCGCUGUUCGAGGUGCGCGCGACAGCCGGCGACACACACCUCGGCGGCGAGGACUUCGACAACCGGCUGGUGAAUCACCUCACGGAGGAGUUCAAGCGCAAGUACAAGAAGGACUUGCGAGGCAACUCGCGCGCACUGCGCCGGCUGCGCACCGCCGCCGAGCGCGCCAAGCGCACGCUCUCGUCCAGCACCGAGGCCACCAUCGAGAUCGACGCGCUCUACGAGGGCAUCGACUUCUACACGCGGGUGUCGCGCGCGCGCUUCGAGGAGCUGUGCGCCGACCUGUUCCGCGGCACGCUCGACCCCGUCGAGAAGGCUCUCAAGGACGCCAAGAUGGACAAGAGCCAGAUCCACGACGUGGUGCUCGUCGGCGGCUCCACCAGGAUCCCCAAGGUGCAGGCGCUGCUGCAGAACCUGUUCUGCGGCAAGAAGCUGAACCUGUCCAUCAACCCCGACGAGGCGGUGGCGUACGGCGCGGCCGUGCAAGCCGCCAUCCUGAGCGGCGAGCAGGACGCCAAGAUCCAGGACGUGUUGCUGGUGGACGUGUCCCCGCUGUCGCUCGGCAUCGAGACCGCCGGCGGCGUCAUGACCAAGAUCAUCGAGCGCAACUCCAAGAUCCCCUGCAAGCAGUCGCAGACGUUCACCACGUACUCGGACAACCAGCCGGCGGUCACGAUCCAGGUGUACGAGGGCGAGCGCGCCAUGACCAAGGACAACAACCUGCUGGGCACGUUCGACCUGACCGGCAUCCCGCCGGCGCCGCGCGGCGUGCCCAAGAUCGACGUCACCUUCGACAUGGACGCUAACGGCAUUCUGAACGUGUCCGCCAAGGAGAACAGCACCGGGCGCAGCAAGAACAUCGUGAUCAAGAACGACCGCGGCCGGCUGUCGCAGAGCGAGAUCGAGCGCAUGCUGGCCGAGGCGGAGCGCUACAAGGACGAGGACGAGAAGCAGAGGAAGCGCGUGGCGGCGCGCAACCAGCUGGAGGCGUACGUGUUCAGCGUGAAGCAGGCGCUGGACGAGGCGGGCGACAAGCUGUCCGAGCAGGACAAGGGCGCGGCGCGGGCCGCCUGCGAGGACGCGCUGCGCUGGCUGGACAACAACUCGCUGGCCGACACGGACGAGUACGAGCACAAGCUGCGCGAGCUCACGCAGCUCUGCUCGCCCAUCAUGACCAAGAUGCACACGGGUGGAGCGGGCGCCGCGCCGGGAGGCGGCAUGCCCGGAGGCUAUCCGGGAGGAAUGCCCGGAGGGAUGCCCGGCGGCUACCAGCAGGGCGGCUACGGCGGACCCACCGUCGAGGAGGUCGACUGAACAGUCCUAGGUUCAUGCACCGUUGAACCAAAGAGACCUGAUUGUGAUAUUAUAAACUAACUUGAUUAAGACUGAUUCGAUUUAAUUAUGUUUCUAGAUAGUAACCAUUUGUUUAUAAGUUCUUUGAUUUGUCCUCAGCAUAUGAUUUUCUAGUUACAUAAAUGUAAAUAAAAUAAAUUAUUUUAUGUUAAA